GUAGGUAACUAGGUUAAAUCGCUGAAGGCGAUGUAUGAACUCCCCUCUUCGCCGCGUAUCCAAGAAUACCGUUAUUCGAAUAAAAUUCCCAUCUUCAUAUGAUCUAUCUAAUCAAAGAUGAUCAUUUUAUUCUAUUGAAUAAUAUUCAAGUAUCUAGUAAGUGAUAUGAGUCUAGUCGAAAAAGAGAAUGAUGAUUUGCAGAUUUCGCAGCAAUCCAGGCCCCAGCAAAAACGGUCAAUAGAAAGUAACCUCGGGCAAUAUACAAUAUUAUCAGUAACAUUAGGCGGAGUGGCAAUUUUAACAGUGUUGGCCAUAACUGCUGAAGAAUGUCGACAAUGUUUUAUGAAAUCCGCCGAAUUUCAAGCACAGGAAAAAAUUCAAAAGAUAUUCUGGGCGUACGGUAAAAACCUCGAGGGUGGACAUUUGGAAGAAGUAUAUACAAUAUUAGAUCGAUUAGGAUACAAAAAAGAUGAUAAUUAUUCCGAUUGGGAUCUUUUGUGGGCCCAUGAUUAUCCUUUUACGGAGUUACGCUCUCAAUUAAUAAAAUUGAAGCCACAUCAAAAAGUUAAUCAUUUUCCCGGCAUCGGACAUAUAACAAAUAAAGUAACCCUCGCCACCAGCGGUUUAAAAUAUAUACCCCCAGCUUUCAAAUUACCAAUAGACAAAGAAAAAUUAUUAGAAUAUUCGAAAAAUCGUCCAAACAUAACAUUUGUACAGAAAGACAACGAUCAUAGGAAUAUUAAAAUUAGAAAAAUUUCCGACGUGGAUUUAGACCGAGAAGGAACUUUUCUACAAGAGUACAUAGAUAAACCGUUAUUAGUCAAUGGACAUAGAUUUGAUAUAGGUAUUUAUACGAUUAUCACAUCGGUGGAACCUCUAAGGAUAUACAUUUACAACGGAGAAGGGCUUUUAAGAUUUUGUCCUGAUAAAUAUUAUCCUUUCGAUUCGGAACUAGUGGAUAAAUACGUUGUGGGAGAUGAUUAUUUACCCGUAUGGGAAGUACCGGAUUUGGAUUAUUAUUACAACCAAUUGGGAUUCGGUAUGAAGGAUAGUUUAAACGCCUACCUCAAAGCUCAGGGUAAAGAUCCGAACGUCAUUUGGACGCAAAUAGAAGACGCCAUAAGGACCGUAGUUAUAGCGAAGGAACCCGCUAUUGUUGAUGUACUACAAAGGUACCAAACGAGAAAAAAUUUCUUCGAAUUGAUGAGGUUCGAUUUUUUGGUAGAUGAAAAUUUGAAAGUUUAUCUUCUGGAAGCUAAUAUGAGUCCCAAUCUAUCUUCUGCGCAUUAUCCCCCAAACAGACUUUUAUAUCAACAAGUUCUCUAUAACGUUUUGGGACUUGUAGGAAUAGGAGAAAGCAUUUACAAAAGUUCUCUAGCCGUAAGAUCGAAAUCUGAAGAAGAAAUGGUAGUGUCAGAUAAAACGUUGGCAGUUUUCCCUAAUGCUUGUAACAGUAAUACUUGCCGUUCUAGUUGUAUGUCAUUGGAAUGUCAAUUAUGUAAACCUUGCCUUUCUAAAGAAACUCGUCAAAAUUUAGUUGCUGCCGUCAAAGAACACCUUCACAAGUCAGAUUGUAAAAGGAUAUUCCCUCCAUCAAUGACCCAAGAAGAGGCAACGAAAGGAAUUGAUAUAGAUGAAUACUCUCCCAAAAAUAAGUUGCAGCACAAAUGGUUUCAAGGAAAAUGUAUAUUAGAUGUUUCGUGGUGUUAAUUAAAAACUAUUGUAAUGAAAUUCUUGUUUAUUAUUGUCUAAUAAAAUGGGGUCCUGACAAAAAUAAAAU